CGCUGCUCCGGUUUGAAGGGGUCAGAGUUCACACAGAGGCUGGACGUGGACAGACUGUCCUCUGGUAGGACGCCCCGUCCCCAGCAGCGGAGCAGCUGCAGGAUGAAGGCGCUGCGGGUCGGACUCACCCUGGUUCGGCACGGAGAGACGGAGUACAACAAGGCAGGACUGUUACAAGGCCAGGCCGUGGACUCCUCCCUGUCAGAGACGGGUCGGCAGCAGGCUGCGGCUGCAGGCUCUUACCUCAGAGACGUUGGCUUCAGCAACGUGUUCAGCAGCGACAUGCGGCGCGCGCAGCAGACUGCUGAGAAGAUCAUGCAGCAGAACAGCAGCUGUCUGCGGCUCCAGAUGGUGUGUGACCCUUUGCUGAAAGAGAAAAGUUUUGGGGUCGCAGAAGGCGGACGGGUUGAGGACCUCAGAGAGAUGGCCAGGGCGGCGGGGGAACCGUUCCCGGGUUUCACCCCCCCGGGGGGCGAGACUCCAGAUCAGGUGAAGUUGCGGGUCCAGCAGUUCAUGGAGAAAAUGCUGCAGCAGAUCGGGGCAGAACACUGGCCUGCAGGGGGCGCUGAUGUCUCCUCUGCUGAGGGGGGGCCUGAUAACGGCAUGGGGCCCCUCAACGCCCACGCGCUGGUUGUCUCCCACGGUGCCUACAUGUGCGUGGCGGUGCGUUACUUCGUGGAGGAGCUGCGGUGCAGCGCCCCUGCAGGCUGCGACAGGAAGCGCAUGUUCUCGCUGAGCCCCAACGCAGGGAUCUGCAGGUUCAACCUGACGGUGGUCCGGCAGGGGGCGCGCUACGUGGUGUCAGGCAUGCGCUGUGUGUUCAUUCACAGGGUGGGGGGGGCAGAGCAGGACGAAUAACCUGCUCAUGAUUUAUUAGUGAAUUUAUUUUAGUGAAGGAAACCUUCACUGUCUACAGGCGAUGAUGAUGGCACAAUGUUUAGUUUUAUCAUAAGCAGGCUCAACAAAAGACAUAAAACACAAAUAUAAAU